AUGUCCACAACUCCUCAGGGCGCGUCCACCGCCCGCCGGCCAGAUCAGGUCGACUCACCUCUGGCUUUACRACACAUACCGAUUACCUUCGAUACCACUGAGCCUGACAAGAGUGCCUUGCUGCUAGUUGAGCAGUACUCGCCGGAGUGGAAGAAUGAGGAAGGCGCGAUCGAGUUGGUGCGCUUCACGGAAGGCAUUACCAACACCCUGAUGAAGGCAAUUAAACGGCGUCCGGGCAAAACAGACUUGGAAGUGGAUCAAGACGCCAUACUCAUCAGAGCGUACGGGAAAGAUACCGAGGUCCUUAUUGACCGCGAGAGGGAGCUUCGCGCUCACAAUUUGUUGGCAAAUCUCGGAUUGGCACCACCCCUACUUGCUAGAUUUGACAAUGGGCUCAUGUACUCCUACAUUGCUGGCGAUGUAUGCACGCCUGAAGAUCUUCGGAAGCCUGAGGUCUAUCGUCAGGUAGCAAAGAGACUUGGGCAAUGGCAUGGUUGUCUACCCAUCUCUACUAUUACCUCCACGCCGAUAAUCGAGGCCACCAAAACAGAGGACUCAAAACACCUGGCGGCCACGAAUGGUAACAACACUCGACCCGAGCCAAAUACGUGGACCGUUAUGCAACAGUGGGUCGAUGUGCUUCCUGUAAAAACCGAAAAGGAGAAGGAGCAGAAGCAAGUGCUGCAGGCAGAGCUUGAUCUUGUUUCUGCUAAACUUGGCGACACACCCGGUCUUGACGGCAAAGACUACGUCUUCACCCACUGCGACCUCCUUUCCGGCAAUGUGAUUAUACCUGCCGUCGAUCCGAGCAGCGAGUCCACAGAAAGGCCAGUCAAUUUCAUUGAUUAUGAAUAUGCCACUCCCGGCCACGCAGCAUUUGACAUUGCAAACCACUUCGCCGAAUGGUGCGGCUUUGAGUGCGACCACAGCCAGGUUCCCACAAAGUCUCAAAGGCGAGAGUUCCUGCAACAUUAUGUGGCUUCUUACCGCUACCAUUCCAUUUCCGACAAUGACACCAUCGCUGUUGAGAUUGACUUCAAGAAAGACAUCGAUCAGCUCUUCGAUCAGGUGGAAUCCUUCAGAGGUCUUCCUGGACUAUAUUGGGGAAUAUGGGCAUUGAUUCAGAAUGAGAUUAGUCAAAUAGACUUUGACUACGCCAGCUAUGCUCAGCACCGACUUCGCGAAUACUGGGCAUUCAAAGAGGAGACCGACGGGUCUCGGGAGAAGGAAGGCCGAGAAAUGUACGUGCGAGAAAAGAAGUGGCAUUCAGAAUAG